ACUGAGUAUUCGGUUCACUUCAGUCCAUGCGACUCCUGCGAAUGGCUUAUGGAUGUGACUAAUUAUUUCAGCCAGAAACCGUGUUAAGUUCUUUGUAUCUGUCCGCUGGUUCUCGGCCGCAGUGCGUUGCUGCCCGCUGGCUCUCCACAACCUCCCAGCUGGACAGAGAUGAGUAGUCCCGAUGCGGGUUACGCCAGCGACGAUCAGACCCAGGCAAGGUGUACGAUGUCAGUCAUGAUGCCUGGAAUGGGACACUGCCAGUGGGCCGACCCCCUCAGUCCUCUCGGGGACGCCAAAGUGAAGAACGAGCCGUGCGCCUCCGGCUCCGGCAGCCAGAAUCGGGGCAAGACCGAGCCGCGAAUCCGCCGACCCAUGAACGCGUUCAUGGUCUGGGCGAAGGAUGAGCGCAAGAGACUGGCGCAGCAAAACCCGGACCUGCACAACGCGGAGCUCAGCAAAAUGUUGGGGAAAUCGUGGAAAGCCCUUCCUGUCACAGAAAAGCAGCCCUUUGUGGAGGAGGCCGAGCGCCUGCGGGUUCAGCACAUGCAGGAUCACCCCAACUACAAGUACCGGCCCCGGCGGCGGAAGCAGGUGAAGAGGAUUAAGAGGCUGGACUCUGGCUUUCUGGUCCACGGCGUGUCCGAUCACCAGGGCCCGUCCAUGCCCGGGGAUGGCAGAGUGUGCGUGGAGAGUCUGGGCCUGGGCUACCACGAGCACGGCUUCCAGGUUCCCCCGCAGCCGCUCAGCCACUACAGAGACGCUCAGGCUCUCGGGGGCCCCUCUUAUGAAGCGUACAGCCUCCCUACGCCUGACACCUCACCUCUGGACGCUGUAGAGUCAGACCUCAUGUUCUUCCCCUCACAUUCACAAGAGGACUGCCACAUGAUGCCUGCAUACGCUUACCACUCCCAGGCGGCGGAGUACCAGCACCAGGACCACCACGGCAACCCCAUCAUGCACCGGCACCCUGCCUCAGCUCCGGAGCAGCCCCAUCAGCCUGCCAAUCUUCCCCCUUCCUACAUGGGAUGCCCCAACCCUCUGGCCAUGUAUUACACUCAGCACUGCAGUCCCAGCCACCCCAAACGGCAUCCCGGUGGGGCAGGACAGCUCUCCCCACCACCGGACUCCCACCCUCACUCGGCAGACAGCGUGGAGCAGAUGCACCACUCUGAGCUGCUGGCCGAGUUGGACCGCAGCGAGUUCGAGCAGUAUUUGAGCUCCUCUUCGGCGCGUGCGGACAUGACAGGCCUGCCGUACGGGCCGCACGAGGCUGGCAUGCAAGGACCCGAAAGCCUGAUAUCAUCGGUGCUGUCAGACGCCAGCACAGCUGUGUAUUACUGUAGCUACAACAACUCCUAACCUCCUGCCUGCCCCGUUAGCCUGCUGCACGGACACAUGAUCUGACCUCAAAUCUCUGUAGCUAAAUUUGAACAAAAAUGUUUUUUUAUUUUAUUUGUCAUCGCGAGCCUACACUACCGGGCCCGUGAUAUUUUAAAAUGCCGCUUUAGGGGAAGGCUGUUUGUACUGUAAGAAAAAAACAAUAGAAUAUUUUAAACACUGGUUUUUAACUUUUUCCUCCUCUCUCGCAGGGAUUCAUUUUGUGAUAUUAAAAUAUUGAAGGGCCACUAUUUUAACGUUUAUGUAUAUACUGAAGGUGUUUUUUUAAAAAUACUUUUUGCACUUUUGAGAAAUAAAUUUUUGC